AUGGACUCGACCUCAACAGAAGGAAACCGUGACAACAUGAGCUCACCGCCCGUCAGAUCUAUUGUCAGUAGUCAGGUCUCUGUUAGCGGAGAGUUUAUACUCGGCUCGAAUAUCAGUACCUCGCCACAGACUCACACACUUGGGCUAUCCCACCAACCUUCGGCUUCCUCGCCAAACCAUUACUCAUCACCCACCCCCUACCUCAACACGUCAAGCGCCGAGUCUUCUUAUCUACCCACACCUGCCUCUCAAUCAUAUUCUCAGUUUCCUACGUUGGCUUCAACCGGCGUUGACUCAACGUGGAACCAUUCAGACCAACUGCAGGAGGGGUCCAGGCCAUCUCUUCCCCAUUCACACCAGAACCAACACCAUUUAACAUCAAAUUGCCGCCCGUCAGGAAGAUCAGCCAGUAUGAGUACUGUUGCUAUUCAGUUCGACCCUGCUUUUACCAUGGGACCAAGAUCAGCUUUCACAUGGCCAGGUCCUAUCGAAUCAGGUGCCUCUGGAAGUAGCUUACUGAGUCCUGGGCUGUCUUCAAUGGGACAUGUUUCCCCACAGUCAAGAUCAGUUACAUCGAGCCCCCCUCGAUUCACUCUUUCGACGGACCAGCGAGAAGUCAAACGACAAUCAGACCGGGCACGCCGAGACUCGAGGAUUGUAAGCAGAAUGCGCCGUGCCAACAGCAACUCCUAUGUCGACUCGUCAUCGUCAACAAUGGGGCUCCCCAGUACGACGGGUGCCAUGAGCAUCCCAACUUAUACCACUGCUCCUGCACCCGUGACUCUUAUGAGCGACACCCCGACUUCAAUGAGCAGUUCAACAUACCUACAGUCUUACAGCCCAACCCUCGAAGACCAGCAACCUCCUUCAGCAUCAGUAUACCCUUCUGCUUACCCACAAAGCUUACAACCCAACUACAAUAUGCCCGUGGAUUAUGCAUCUGUUUAUGCUGGAUCAAAUCAAUAUAGUGCUCGAUCACCGCCACUACCUGUUGGUCAGGACGUCGGUUUUAUGUACCAGCUGCCAGCCGUUAUGGGUCCCGGAAGCGCAAACUCGCAAGAUGCGGGACAUGUGAGAGUGGUGCAAAGCCGACCGAAGCCACGAUGCUGGGAACAUGGGUGUAAUGGGCGACAAUUCUCAACCUUUAGCAACUUAUUACGCCACCAACGAGAGAAAUCAGGACAGGCCGCCAAAGCAUCAUGCCCUAAUUGCGGAGCCGAGUUUACGAGAACCACUGCACGAAACGGACAUCUCCUCCAUGACAAGUGCAAAGGUCGACGAAACUCGUGA